AUGCUCUUACACCACAAAAUAGCAAUUACUGUCAUUUCUAACUGCCACAAGAAAAUUAUGAAGAAUGCAAAUGAGUGUACUGAAGGACUUGCUCAGCAGCAAACCUUUAAUGCUUUGGUGGAACAGAAGUUUAAUGACCUCAUUGAGCUUCUUCAUAACAUUCUCCAAACUCAGAACGCUGCACGUCCAAACCGUCCACCUGACGACCGAGAGCGGGCCCAUCCCCCACCUGCUUUUUCGGACCGCCCUGACCAUCGGGCUCUUGGUCAGGACCAUCGUGAUGAUAGGGAGGAUCGCCGGGACCGUCAUGACAACAGAGAGGAGCGUUGGGAUCAAGACGAUGAUUUUUACAGUCAUCAUCGGGACGACCGGACUAUUCACACCCGUGCUGUUCGUCUGGACUUUCCUCGCUUCGAUGGUGAAAAUCCGUCGGCUUGGACUUACAAGGUGAAUCAGUUCUUCAAUUAUUAUCAUACUCCCUUGUAUCAGCGCAUCAGGAUGGCUUCUUUCCAUAUGGAGGGUGAAGCCCUCAUCUGGUUUCAAGACGCUGACGAAGCAGGUCAAUUUCCUACGUGGGAUGCGUUCACACAAGCUCUUCUCACCCGCUUUGGUCUGGCUUAUGACGACCCUAUGGAGUCCUUGGUGAAGUUGCGUCAUUCCACCACUAUGGCUGCAUAUACGGCACAAUUCGAAUCCCUUUCCAACCGCCUUCGUGGCCUCUCCGACCAAUACCAGCUUAGCUAUUUUCUCAACGGCCUCAAAGAUGAGAUUCGUCUUCCUUUGCGGAUGCUAGCUCCACGCACUCCGGUUGCGACUUUUGGGCUUGCCAAACUACAAGAAGAAUAUCUUACUACUGGGCGUAAGACCUUCAAGUCUCAGAGUUCGUCUUACAGUUCUAGCAGGCCUCCCUCUUACGGUCCACAGUCGGCCUCUCCGAGCCAGUUAAGUGAUUCCUUCACCUCAGUUUUUCCCCUUGUUCCAACCCUGGCGUCUUGGUCUAGCGCAUCUCUCCAGCUCAAAUGUGUGAGCGCCGCGAAAAGGGACUCUGCUACAACUGUGAGGAGCGGUGGCAUUCGGCUCACAAGUGAAUCGGGUGAUGACCCUGUAGUGGAAGUUUUGGACCCUGUUGAACCAGUGGAUGAGCCUAUUAUUCAAGAGAUUGUACAACCUGAAAUUUUAUUCCAUGCAAUUUCUGGUUCUAUUGCUCCUAAAACUAUGAGACUCAUAGAUUGGAUUCGUAAUCACCGGGUAGUCAUUCUCAUUGACUCCGGUAGUACCCAUAAUUUUAAUGAUUUACAUUCUUUGCCUAAGCUGUGUUUGGGUGAACUUAUUCCAUUACAAUUGAAAGUCCGGGUUGCAAAUGGAGAUACUCUUUUGAGUUCUGGCAAAUGUCCUUCGGUCACUAUUCGAAUACGGGGGGCUGUCAUCACUUCUGAAUUUUAUUUGUUACCAUUAGGAGGGUGUGAUGUAGUAUUGGGUGUUGAAUCGUUACGGACCUUGGGUCCAAUCCUUUGGGAUUUUGUUGUCAUGACUAUGCAGUUUAGUCUUAAUUCUUGCCCGGUCACCCUUAAGGGUUUGAGCCCUACAGGAUUAACCAUAGAGGAUGCUUCUCAUUUUCUUCGAUCCCCUGCAUUGGCUUCCAAGAGUUUUCUCUUGCAUUUCUUAUCACCAGUUGAGGACCCUGCGGCCCACUGCCCCUCUGGUCCUAUCCGGGAAUUAUUACAGCAAUUUGAUCAAGUAUUUGCGGAACCUACGGGUCUUCCACCUCCGCGAACUCAGGACCACCAAAUUUUACUGAAGUCCGACCAGCCAGUUAGUGUUAGACCUUAUCGCUAUCCAUACUUUCAGAAGUCAGAAAUUGAGAAGAUUGUCAAGGAUUUACUGCUGUCAGGGAAUACCAUCAAGGACAAAUACCCCAUUCCAGUUAUUGAUGAGCUGCUGGAUGAGCUUCAUGGGGCUACAAUUUUUUCCAAACUUGACUUGCGUUCGGGUUACCAUCAAAUUCGAGUCAAACCGGCUGAUGUUCCUAAAACGGCAUUCCUCACUCAUGAGGGGCAUUACGAAUUUCUUGUUAUGCCUUUUGGCUUGACAAAUGCCCCUGCAACCUUUCAGGCCUUAAUGAACGACAUAUUCAAACCCUGCCUUCGGAAGUUCAUCUUAGCAUUCUUUGACGACAUCUUGGUUUACAGUUGUUCUUUGGAAGAUCAUUUGGUUCACUUGCAUUCUGUUUUGCUUGUCCUUAAGACUAAUCUUCUUUAUGCCAAAAGUUCAAAAUGCAGGUUUGGUGUAUCUGAGAUUGACUAUUUAGGCUACUACCGCAAAUUUAUCCGCGGUUAUGGGAUAAUUUCUGCUCCCCUCACAGCCCUACUCAAGAAAAAUUCCUUUCUUUGGACUUCUGAAGCCACUGUUGCCUUCUUUUGGCUUAAAGAUGCUGUUACUUCUCUUCUAGUUUUACGCUUGCCGGAUUUUUCCCAAACUUUCACCAUCGAAUGUGAUGCGUGUGCAAUGGGUAUUGGAGUGGUUUUGAUGCAAGAAGGCCGCCCUAUAGCUUUCUUGAGUCAAGCUUUAAAGGGUCAAGCCUUACACCUUUCAACUUAUGAGAAGGAGCUCUUUUCAUUAGUCACCACUGUUCAAAAGUGA